ACAACAACAACAAAAAUAAUCAUAACAUCAGCAAAGAACAAUAACAACAAGAACUAAACAAUCAACCUUUCGCAUUCGUUCAUGCCACAUUCAAUAUACAAAAACAAUUGGGUGGCAACCUUUUGCUGGACAACUAACUACAAAGUGUGCGCGCAUAAAAACGCCAAAUAGGGAAGGUGGCGCAAAAACAAAACAAAAAAAAAACUAAAGUUCAGCGAACAGUAAAUGCGGAAAGUCAAACGAAAACGGAAAAUAUCAUAAAAUGGCUACAAUAAAAAUUCGACAAUUGAAUUCAUUUAAAUUGCAACAGCAGCAGCAGGAGGAGUUGCCGAAAGCCAACUGCCGCGGCGCAUUCGCUUUGCUGUUUAGCCGUUGUUCGUAUUGCGCAACAAAUUAUUUGAAAAGUUAUUGCCGCAUUAAGCGUCAUGGUGUUAAUAAAAAUAAAACUUUAUGUUGGCUGACAUUGACUUUGAUUUUAUUGAGCUGCAGCAGUUGGCAUGGACGGCGCGGCGGACGUGGUAGCGGCGGUGCUUUCUGUUAUGCGCUCGAUAUCGGCACCUGCAAGCAGCCGCUCGGCAUGGAAUCCGGUGCCAUCGCUGAUACGCAAAUUACCGCUAGCUCGGCGCACGACAUGGGCAAUGUGGGCCCACAACAUGCCAGCUGUGCACAUUUGCAACAACAACAAGCGGAACCACAGUAG